CGCUCGGGCGGGGAGGGAGGGGCCCGGAGCCGCAGAGCCUCAGGCUUCGGCCCGGCCCCAGCCUCUCGCCAGCUCCGCGGGUCCCGGCCCAGAUGUGGAAGACGGAGGACUGUCGAAGUGCAGAGUUCAACCCUUGCACCCUCUGUCCCCAAGAGCUCCAUGCAGGUGCCACAGGAUGGAGAGGACUUUGCCGGGCAGCCCUGGUACCAUGGCCCCCUGUCCCGUCAGAAGGCUGAGGCCCUCCUUCAGCAAGAUGGGGACUUCUUGGUUCGUGCCUCCGGGUCCCGUGGGGGCCACCCAGUGAUCUCCUGCCGCUGGCAGGGCUCAGCCCUGCACUUCGAGGUGCUCCGUGUGGCCCUGCGUCCCCGGCCAGGCCGGCCCACAGCCCUCUUUCAGCUGGAGGAUGAGCGUUUCCCAAGCCUGACCUCCCUGGUUCUCAGCUAUGUGGCCGGGCAGCGUCCACUGUCCCAGGCCACAGGGGCGGUGGCCUCCAGGCCGGUGACACGGCAAGGUCCCAUUCGACGCAGCUUUAGUGAGGACACCCUCCGAGACAGCCCAUCUCUGACAGAGUUGCCCAGGGCUAGGAAGCGGAGUGACAGUCAGCCUGCAGGCUUGGAGCACAUGGGGUGGUCAGGAGAAGAUCACUGUGGUCCAGAAGCCUCAGCCAAGCCCACGCGUGCCCUCCCUCGGAUGGGUAGUGACCCCGUGUUGCUGAAGGCCCCAGCUCCCCUGGGGUCCUUUGCUGACAGCCUCAGGGCCUCCGAUGGGCAGCUUCAUGCCAAGGCACCAACCAAGCCCCCUCGAACACCCUCGCUGGUGCUACGUGAUGAGUCUGGAUGCCCCCCAACAUACUGUGAGCUGGUGCCCCGAAUGCCCAGUGCCCAAAGAACACCCCCGGGCUACAGCAGCCCAGAGACAGAGGCCCCGUGGUGGGAAGCCGAAGAGGAAGAGGAGGAAGAAAACAGAAAUUUUGUAAGACCACAGGCUGAGGUCUCCUUCUGCCCCCCUAACUACCCCUCCUGCCUGCUGGGCCCCCAGAAUCGGCCCCUGGAACCCAAAGUCCUGAGUACUCUCCGUGGCCUGUUCCUGGAGCACCAUCCCGGGAGCACUGCCCUCCACCUACUAUUGGUGGACUGCCAGGCUACAGGGCUUCUGGGAGUGACCAAGGCUCAGCGGGAUGCCAUGGGGGCCGCCUCAGGCCUGGAGCUGCUCACGCUUCCCCAUGGGCAUCGCUUGAGGCUAGAACUUCUGGAGAGACACGAGGCGCUGGCGCUGGCUGGGGCUGUGGCGGUGCUGGGCUGCGCAGGGCCGCUGGAGGAGCGCGCGGCCACCCUUCGGGGCCUGGUGGAGCUGGCCCUGGCGCUGGGGCCAGGGGCGGCGGGGGACCUGCCUGGACUGGCCGCCGUCAUGGGCGCCCUGCUCAUGCCCCAGGUGUCCCGGUUGGAACGCACGUGGCGCCACCUCCGAAGGAGCCACACAGAGGCCGCACUGGCCUUCGAGCAGGAGCUGAAACCUCUGAUGCGAGCGCUGGAUGAGGGCGUCGGACCCUGCGACCCCGGCGAGGUGGCGCUGCCCCACGUGGUACCCGCGGUGCGCCUGCUGGAGGGCGAGGAGCUCCAGGGGCCGCUGGACGAAAGCUGCGAGCGGCUGCUGCGCACCCUGCAGCGGGCGCGUCGGACGGCUCAGGACGCGCCCAAGUUCCGCCAGGCGGCGGCCCGGCGCCUGCGAGCCCUUCUGGCCCCGGCCCCAGGAUUCCGUCCGAACCCGCAGCUGAGGGAGGCCCUGACCACAGGCUUCGUGCAAAGGCUGCUCUGGGGAAGCCGAGGCGUCGUGGCACCACAAGCCGUGCGUCUUGAGAAGUUCCAGCGCGUACUCAGUGUCCUUUCACAGCGUCUCGAGCCGGACAGUUGAAAGCACAGACCCCCUUCUUCGCACUGGGACACCCAGCCAGUUGCCCCAAGCUGCUCACACAGCCAAACGCGUUGGGAACCCCCAUUCCACCUCACAGAAAGUGGGGGCCAGAUUCACAAGAACCCAUCCUGCUCCCUAAACACGAUCGUGAAUCCUAGCAUGAGGGACAGCCUUCUCCCUCACGCUAGAAGACCCAGGGGUCUGGAGACUCUGGACGUCCCAUCCCAGCCCCCGCCUCCCUGCAUAUAACCUACAAAUGGUGAACAUGAAGCUUUCAUAAUAAGAAAAUGCGCAGAUCUCUUCCUCUGAAGCCAGAGUUCAAAUGCUUUUUAAAAGCUGUGUGACUUCUAGCAAAUGGCUCAACCUCUCUGUGCCUGCCUUCAACAUAAGAGAGGCUGUGUACUUUCUGUGGGUUGUCAUGGGGAUUAAAGCUCAGGAGUUUAUGUAU